AUGGUAUUCACCAUACUUCUUGGUCCUAUCUGCUUUGAGAUGAUUGAUGAGGCACACAUGACAAAAUGUGGGCACAGUUUUUGCUAUAAAUGUAUUCGACAGAGCUUGGAAGUCAGCAACCGGUGCCCCAAGUGCAACUAUGUGAUUGAUAAUGUUGAUCAACUGUACCCUAACUUCCUAGUGAACGAACUAAUCCUAAAACAGAAGCAGAGAUCUGAAGAAAAACGACUAAAACUUGAACAUCCAAAUGGCCACCGAUGGCAGGCAAUUCAGGAUGUGCUGAUCACAGAUCAGGAUAGUCUGGAUCUCCCGAAUGUAAACCUCAUGCUGGAGCUGAUAAUACAGAAGAAGCAGCAGCUGGAAGCGGAAUCGCAGGCAGCCCAGUUGCAGAUCCUAAUGGAGUUUCUUCAGGAGGCGAAAAGAAACAAGAAGGAGCAACUGGACCAGUUACAGAAAGAGCUGAAUGUUCUUGAAGAAGACAUUAAGCGAGUGGAGGGACUGAUGUUUAAUGAGACGGCUGGUCUGUAUUCUCCUGUCAGUGAAUCGACUCAUGUGCCGAACCUGGAUAGCACUGUGCCACAGUUUGAAGCGCCAUCUCCUUCGAACAGCAUUAUAGAUUCUACAGAAUAUUCCCAGCCUCCCGGCUUUAGUGGAAGUUCGCAGGGAAAAAGGCAAACCUGGUACAACAACACAUUGGCCUCUCGGCGCAAGCGAUUAACUGCUCACUUUGAAGAUCUUGAGCAGUGCUAUUUCUCAACCAGGUUAUCUCGCUUGUCAGAUGAAACAAGAUCAGUAAAUCAACUGGAGGAAUUUCAGGAGUGCCUUUCCAAGUUUACACGGUACAGCUCUGUGAGGCCUCUGGCCACGCUCUCAUAUGCCAAUGAUUUGUACAACGGCUCAAGUAUUGUUUCCAGCAUUGAAUUUGACAGAGAUUGUGACUUCUUUGCUAUCGCUGGUGUGACAAAGCGGAUCAAAGUGUUUGAGUAUGGAACCGUGAUCCAGGAUGCUGUGGACAUUCACUACCCAAUCAACGAAAUGACUUGCAACUCCAAAAUCAGCUGUAUCAGCUGGAGCAGUUACCACAAGAACCUGUUAGCAAGCAGUGACUAUGAAGGGACAGUCAUUCUGUGGGAUGGAUUCACAGGGCAGAGAUCUAAAGUCUACCAGGAACAUGAGAAACGAUGUUGGAGUGUAGAUUUUAAUCUGAUGGAUCCCAAACUCCUGGCUUCAGGUUCUGAUGAUGCUAAAGUGAAGUUGUGGUCUACAAAUCUUGACAAUUCUGUGGCAAGCAUUGAAGCAAAAGCAAAUGUUUGCUGUGUUAAGUUCAGCCCCAGCUCCAGGUACCAUCUGGCCUUUGGCUGUGCAGAUCACUGUGUUCACUACUAUGAUCUGCGGAACACUAAACAGCCUAUCAUGGUGUUUAAAGGACAUCGCAAGGCAGUAUCCUAUGCCAAGUUUGUAAGUGGAGAAGAAAUAGUUUCAGCAUCUACAGACAGCCAGUUGAAGCUCUGGAGUGUUAACAGACCGCACUGUUUACGGUCAUUUAAGGGUCACAUCAACGAAAAGAACUUUGUGGGUUUGGCAUCCAAUGGGGAUUACAUUGCCUGUGGAAGUGAAAACAAUUCUCUCUACCUCUACUAUAAGGGGCUCUCAAAAACACUGCUCACCUUCAAGUUUGACACAGUUAAAAGUGUCUUGGACAAGGAGAAAAAGGAGGAUGACAGCAAUGAAUUUGUCAGUGCGGUGUGCUGGAGAGCUUUACCGGAUGGGCAGGAAUCGAAUGUCCUAAUAGCAGCGAACAGCCAAGGCACAAUAAAGGUCCUGGAACUCGUCUGAUGGGAACCAGCCAGCUGAUGCCACACCCCCUUGAUCAUCAAUUUGUGAUGCCUUCCUUGGAAUUGAUUAAAACAUGUAGCUGGCAUCCCAACCUCCUGUUCAUCAUGAUCCUUCACCAGCGGUGGCAUAUGCCAGGACUGUGAGACCAUCCAUGCUCCUUGUGGGAGCAGGAGCUCGAAGGAAUCAUUGACCAAUCUGUCCACAAACUGAAAUCUCAGCCCAGAAAGGAGCUUGCAUUUUCCAUAGCACGGCGGGCCAAGUAUAACUGCAAUGGUGUAAAGUCUGUCUUAUCUUUCCAAGAUAUGAUCACAAUAACCGGUGCAAUUGGAUUCCCAAGGGACAGGGCUAGAGAAACAGGAGGGAGUGCCACCCCAGUCUGUUUCCAUUCAGAAGCACUUUGCCCGGGAGCCCUGAUCAGGUUUUGGUUUCCGGGCUGCACUUCUCUUCUGGUGGUGACUGCGUUUGAAGUCAUUAUUCUGAACCUGAUUUCUCUUGGAACUGGUCACUGAGUGUGAAGUAUCACCACGGCAUGUUUUCCUUCAACAUGUGUCAGUGUUGAAUGAGUGUGUUCUUCGUCGACACUAUCUUCUGUGAAACAGGCAGCAAUCAGAAUAAACUACUCAAACUGUAGUGAUGCUGUGGAAUCUCUACUAUCUCUUGGGCUUUAAACAUAUCAAACUGGUGCAACACUUGAGGUAAUGUCUAACGACAGAGCAUUGCUAGAUGACUUGAAACUGUUGAAGGAGGGCAGUUUUCACCAGGCCGACGGCUCACGAUUCCUGACUGAGGACGGUGCAAUGGGCUCUUCCUGUGGGGUUAGGUCAAAGACCCCUCACUGAUGGGGGAAAAUGGGAUGAGGGCCCCUGAUGGGGGGAGUGGUGGCAGAGCAGAAGAGACGGAUGAAGGGCACCCUGAGUGUGGGGCAGUGGGAGAGUGGAGAGAUGGAGAGGAGAAGGUGGGACAAUGGGCAAGGAACUUGGUGUAUGGUGUUGGGAAUGCGAUGAGGCAGAUAGGGCAAGGGGCAAAUGGGUUGAGGGGCCCGUGACUGGUGGUGCCCAGGAGGGGGAAGAGGAGAUGGGCAAGGAAUGUUAGUGGGAGACAUCUGACAGAGGUUCCUGAUUCGGGGUGGGAUGGGGGUGAUGGGGGGGCGGGGUGGAAGUGGAGCUGCAAACGCACCGUUGUGAUUUGUAACUGCCCUAUUUCAUUAGCACUGUCAAUGUGGCCUAGCUCAGCGUUGGAGCUGUGUAUUGACCCCUUGCCUUUCAGCUUCCCGAUGCUCAGAAUUAAAUAUUGACCUCUAACUCAGUCACCAAGCUUGGCUGGACCUGCUCCCUGGGGCUAAACCAUGUCACAGUCCAAUGUUUAAUUUGCAUUCUCCAUUGUGUUAUGUUUCUUUCAAACCAAAUAAUAAACCUCUAAGUGUAGUGUUGGAACAUGAAACUUCACUUAUCGAUUCAAACCCUGCACUUUGAUUGCAACCUUUGUACAUUUUUCACUCUCUUGGCUUGUUUCUAUUCAUUGACCAUCAUUAAAGGAUUUUUCAAGUUUG